AUGAUAGGGCAAGAAGUUGCAGCCUUGGUGACAACUUUCAACCUUGAAAUUGCAAUUACUGGUGCUAUUCUAACUAAGCUAGAUGGGGAUUCAAGAGGUGGAUCAGCUCUGAGUGUUAAAGAGGUUCAGGAAAGCCAAUUUAAGCUUGUGGGACCUGGAGAGAGGAUAGAGGAUCUUGAACCCUUUUAUCCAGAUCAAAUGGCAGGAAGGAUCUUGGGCAUGGGAGAUAUGAAACAAGAAGUUGCUGAAGAUUUGCAGAAGAAGAAGAUCAUGAGUGCAAAAUUUGACUUCAAUGACUUCUUGAAGCAAACUCGUGUUGUGCAAGGAUGGGUUCCAUGUCUCGUGUUUUGGAAUGAUUCUGGAAUGGGGAAAGGUUACUCCUGCCCAAAUUCGAGAAGCAGAAAAGAGCUUACAAAUAAUGGAAGCCAUGAUUGA